UCCUUGAUCCACACUGACCCGACUGAGCACCUGUGCACUUCAUUGUUAGAGUCUCUGUAAGACGUGGGAUGCAAACAGGACAACACAGAGAUAAAUUACAGCAAAAAGUCCCCAUCUCUCUCUGAAUAUCAUGCAUUUUUAUUUGCUUCGACAUAAACGCUCAGUGAAGAUAGCAUUUUUCAGUUUUUUGUGUUUUUCUUUCAUUAUAUACUUCUACAUCAACUACACAACGACACAGCAUUCCCCUCACCUUCCCAAGGGAAGUGUGGGGAAACUCAGUGGAUCCGUCCCUGACCAGACCACCAUGUUUACAAAUUCCUCUGUCCUCAAAUGUCCUCCUGGAUUUUACAGCAAGCAGGAGCUCAGGCCUCACUUUCGGAGGCCUUACCAAGAUCACUGGGAACCAGGAGUAGACGGCAAGCCAUUCGUGUGGCGCUCUAUGACUGCUGAGGAACAGAAAGAGGAAUCAAGUGGUUUCAAGAAAAACCAGUUCAACCAGUUUGCCAGCGAUCGCAUCUCUCUGCACCGGGAUCUAGGAAAAGACACACGGCAUCCAGACUGCUUGAAGCAGAAGUUUUUGAGAUGUCCCGGCCUUCCAACCACCAGCGUGAUCAUAGUGUUUCACAACGAGGCCUGGUCUACUCUGCUCAGGACCGUCCACAGCGUCCUGCACACAGCUCCUGCUGCUCUGCUCACAGAGAUCUUACUGGUGGACGACGCCAGCACAGAUGAUCUCUUAAAGACUCCACUGGAUGAAUAUGUGCAGAGGCUGCGAAUAGUGCGUGUCCUGCGUCAGAAGGAGAGAAAAGGCCUGAUCACAGCCAGGCUGAUGGGAGCUCAGGCUGCACAGGGGGAGGUCCUUACCUUCCUAGAUUCCCACUGUGAAUGUUUCCCUGGCUGGCUGGAGCCUCUUCUGGCUCGAAUAGCUGAAGAGCCCAGAGCCGUGGUGAGCCCAAGAAUCACGUCUAUCGAUAGUCACAGCCUGAGAUUUCACAAACCAGUGCCUGAACCGCAAAACUACAGCCGAGGAAAUUUUGAUUGGAGACUCAAGUUUGGAUGGGAACGUGUUCCAGACAAGGAGAAGAAGCACAGAAAGAAUGAGACAUACCCUAUCAGAACGCCUACCUUCGCUGGUGGCCUGUUCUCUAUUUUGAAAUCCUACUUUGAGCAAAUUGGAUCCUAUGAUGACCAGAUGGAGUUCUGGGGAGGGGAGAAUCUAGAAAUGUCUUUCAGGGUUUGGCAGUGUGGAGGCCUCUUAGAGAUCGUUCCUUGUUCUGUUGUCGGCCACAUUUUCCGCAAGAAGAGCCCUCACAGGUUUCCAAAUGGUAGCAUAACCAUCCUCCGCAACCUGGUGCGUCUGGCUGAGGUCUGGAUGGAUGACUACAAGUGGGUCUUCUAUCGCGCAAACAGAAAGGCUGCCUCAAUUUUUCGAACAGACUCAUACGGCGAUGUUUCUGACCGCCGUAAACUCAGAGAAAAACUUAACUGCAAGGACUUUUCUUGGUACCUGAACAAUAUUUACCCAGAGGCAUAUGUCCCUGAAAUCAGGCCCAUCAUCUAUGGACAGUUAAACAACACCGGUUGUGACUGCCGGCUGGAUGUGGGAAGAGUCAGAAAGCGCUGGGAGGAGGGCCAAAUCUUCAAAUGUAACAACCGAGGUGAAGCGCAGUAUUUUGAGUAUACCUCCAAGAGAGAGAUUCGACUCAGUGCUGCCAAUCAGUUGUGCUUACAUGCCGACUCUGAAAUGGCUUUGGUUUUUCUUGAGCUGUGCGAAUCGAAGGGAAAAGCAGCACAAGAGCAAAUAUGGAUCUUCACAAAGAAAAACCAAAUGAAGAACCCUUUAUCAGGCAAGUGUUUGUCAGUCGCCGGUGGCAACGUGAUUUUGUCUAAAUGCAGAUCCACCUCAGAGAAUCAGAGCUGGGUCUUCAUCCCAGCGAAGUAAGCGGCUUCGAGCAUGUGGCCUGCCUCUGCUACCAGUGUUUCCUGAAUAAGGUUUAAACAUAAACAAAUAAGGAAAGUGGUUCCCCUGAAUCAAAUCUUUGUACUGUGAACAAAGAGUUAUUAAUACUUAUCUAUUUCACACAAACCCAGAGGCUGUUAUCUAAACAUAAUUUAUUUUUUUCUCUUCUUUUCCUCCUUGUGGCUCAGACAGGAGAUUAUUGUAGACACAAAUCAGUGCUGGUAUUCAGUCAGAGGCCUAGAGGCCCCUACUGGAUUGGAGUUCCUGAGCAGUUUAUUUUGUAUUUGACUGACUUUGUUAAUCAUAUUACGGUAAUUAUGUUUGAAUUAUUAUGCCCUGUCUUUGUGAAGCACUUUGUGAUUUUCAUCUUUAAAGGAUUGCAUAUCAUUUAAAUUAACACUUUAACCAUCUUAGUAAGUAUUGCUACUUAAUACCUACAGUAGCUUCAAACUGGACUUUAGAGAGUAUUUUUCACCACAUGAUGGAACUUUAUUUUUCCUUAAUAAAGUUGAAUGAGGAAUAUCUUAAAGCCACAUUGAAUAAAAUGAAGCCUAACACUUUAACUUAUUUGAGUUGUACAUAGUGUGCACUAACAAGAUGUGCUAACAAUUUUAUUGUUACUCACUUAAUUGGUUAAAAAUAUUUAUAGGGAGGGCGAGUGUUAGUGGGAUUAAUAUUUGUUUUACUUUUAAGCAUAUUUUGUGUGGAAUAGUGAGCAUUUGAAAGUAUGAACUCAAUAUGAAUGGGUAUGCAUGAAGUUUAAUAAUAUUAUUUAAAGUCAAGUUAUAUAUAUAAUUUAUGUAAGUCAUUGUAGCUACUUUUUGACCAACACAAUAAAGUCAUACAUUUGUACUUGGCAUUGGUUAAUUUAUUUAAAAUGUGUGUAUGUAUGUUGGGGUACUUUUAUUACAUCUCUUUAAUUGGGGUGACAUUAAUGUGGGUUCAGUUUGAAAUCAAAUUGUGUAUUUUCCAAAUUCUUUGUCAAAAAUUCAACAGGAACAGCCUGUAAAGUCAGGGUAAGUUGGAGGUUCUGUGGUGCAUUCAACAUGUCUUGGAAACCAAACCAGCCAAAGUGUUAACAGAUUGUUUAUACCUGAAACUUUUAUUAUAUUCAAUAAACUUAGGAGUCAAAUUAAAAACUAAAUCAAGGCAUUGCUGGCAACCUCCAACUUUCACAGUUGACAUAUUUACUUCACAAGGUGCUCUUACUAUUUUAAUGACUAGAAAUUCAGAAAAUCUGACCUCCAAUUACAAAGAUAACACACCUCUGAAUGGCCCAGUGUUCAGUUUCCAACAAGGCUGUUAUGUAUAAAAACAUGGGAAAUGUUGCAGGUAUAAACUGGUUAUUAUCUGGGCUUUUUUUUAUUAAACUAGUGUGGACACAAAGUUUGUGGGUUUUUUAGUUUGUUUUUUUUGUGUGUGGGGGGGGGUUGCCGUGUUUUAAAACAAAAAGGGGAGAAAGUACAGUAUCAAUUAAAUCCCACUUGUUUUUUCAACAUUCACAAUUUUAUAUUGUCAUACUGAAUAAACUGUUUUAAUCAA